UUCACGGGGAGCAAAAGCUAGCAUGAAGCAAUUUCGGGUUUAGACUGUUAUUUCACUGCUAAUAACAAAUAUAAUUGUCAUUUCUUUCUGCUUACUCUUACUCAUAGUAUUACAUUCGCACAAGAAAAAGUAUUGUCAUUAUUAAGUCAUUCAUCUUCUCGCAGAAACCGUGACACCGUUAGCGAUCCACCAAGCUAGCCAGCUAGCUACCUUUUGCUUGUUAUUUAUUUUUUUUUAGCAGGGAACAAAGAGCGCUGUCUUCUGUAGGGUGCUAUUGCCAGCUAGCCUGCUUGCUAGUGUUCGGAAAGAAUAUGAGUUUAUUCAAUCUGGACCGCUUCCGUUACGGGGGAGAAAAGACGCACAAUAAGAUAAAAAAUAAUACCUCAACGUCGAUACAGGACGAACACAGCAGCGGAUCGGCAAGUCCCGACUCGGAAAAAGAAAAUAAACCAAUCCCAGAAAUCCCAGUGCACAAGCGGCCAUGUGGGAAAAAGCAGGAGAGGGGUGUGCAGUUUGAGGACUCGGACUCUGAAUCUGAGGAUGAUGCUGUGGCAGGGGGCUGCAUAAGAGAAGGGCUGGUGAGAAGGGGGAAGAUGCCCGGACAGGUCCUGGAGAAGAGGUGUGAGGUGGAGGAUGAGUGUGAACAGUCGUCCGGGCCAGACAAAGAGGACAAGUCGACAGAGGAGAAACUGUCCAAACUGCAGGAGAUUUUCCCACGCAGAGACAGAAAGGAACUACUGGAGGUGAUCAAAAGCACAAGCACUUUGGAUGGAGCCGUGGCUUCCUGUCUCGUGGUAUUCGGGGAUGAAGGUCCAGACACAUCCCGAAAGCGGAAGCAGAAUGGGUCUAACAGCAGCUCGCAAGACAGUGAUGAGGUUCAGCCCAGUAAGAAGAGGAGGGCAUCUGUGGCCAGUGACUCUGAUGAGGACGGGGCAGAGCCGACCUGGGAAAAGCAGGAAGCCAUGGUGAGGAGACUGCAGAGGAAAUUCCCCAACCUGGACAAAGAGGAGCUGCGGGCUGUGCUGCAGGAGCACGACUGGGACUUCGACGAUGCGCUGGAGGUGCUGCGCGUCUUCUCCGAUCAAGAUGAGGACUCUACCUCCCCAGAGGACAAGGGAAAGAGACCCAAAGCGGCCAAAUCCUCAAGAGACGCCAGCCCCCCCAAAGUGACCAAACAGCCCUCUGCCCGCAAGGACAAAAGAGACAGCGGGGAGGGCAGCGCUCACAGUGGCCGGUCCUCGGGCAUCUCGGGCUGGCUCUCGACCGCCCGCCCCCGGCCCUCCUCCCCGGCGCCGCGGAAACCGCAGGGCGGGGUGAGCGCGGCGAAGGCUCAGGCGGCGGAGAGGAAGAAGCAGGCGCGCGCGGCGGCGGCAGUGUCCGCGCAGCCAGACGGCAGCUCCGAGGACGAGGACGCGGUCAGCAGCGAGUUCGAGGGCUCGUCCGCGGACUCUGACUCGGACAGCGAGGACGGUGUCAGCCCCGAGAUGAGGGCCCGUAUCCUGGGCUUCUUCCAGGAGGCGUCGGUGGAUGAGCUGUCCCUCAUCGGCGGGUGCUCGGUGAAGAAGGCCCAGAAGAUCGCCGAGCUGCGGCCGUACAACACGUGGCAGGAUCUGAAGGAGACGUUCCACAAGGGGAACGGCCUGUCCAUGGAGCUGGUGUGGGGCUGCCGCGUGGUGCUGAAGGAGCGCGAGGUGGUGCUGGGCCUGAUGGGAAAGUGCGAGACCAUCUCGCGCAAGAUGACCAAGGACGUGACGCGGGUGGUGGAGAGGGGCGUGGGCUCCAUGAAGCCGCCCGCUGUGCUGAACAGCAGACUGCAGCUGAAGCCGUACCAGCUGAUCGGCCUGAACUGGCUGGUCCUUCUGCAUCAGAACAAGCUGAGUGGGAUCCUGGCUGACGAGAUGGGUUUGGGAAAGACCAUCCAGGCCAUCUCCUUUCUCGCCAAGCUGUUCGAGGAGGGCGACAACGGCCCCCACCUCAUUAUCGUACCCUCCUCCACUCUGGAUAACUGGGUCAGAGAGCUGAAGCUGUGGUGUCCCAGUCUGGAGGUGCUUGUCUACUACGGGUCUGCAGAGGAUCGCAAAUACCUGCGGCACGACAUUCUCAACAAGCAGGUGGAAUUCAACAUUAUCGUGUCCACCUACAACAUGGCGAUCGGAAACGAGAGUGACCGCAGUCUGUUCCGCAAGCUCAAGAUGCAGUGCGCCGUCUUCGACGAGGGCCACAUGCUGAAGAACAUGAACUCGCUGCGCUACCGCCACCUCAUGGCCAUCAACGCCCAGUACCGCUUGCUCCUCACCGGCACCCCGCUGCAGAACAACCUGCUGGAGCUCAUGUCCCUGCUGAACUUCAUCAUGCCCACCAUGUUCUCCAGCAGCACCUCGCAGAUCGCCAAGAUGUUCUCCAUGAAAUCCUCAGAGGAGCAGAGCAGCUUCGAGAAGGACCGGAUCGCCCACGCCAAGCGAAUCAUGAAGCCUUUCAUCCUGAGACGGGUCAAGAGCGAGGUGCUGAAGCAGCUGCCUGCCAAAGAGGAGAGGGUGGAGUUCUGCGCCAUGAGCCAGAGGCAGCAGGAGCUGUACUAUGCCCUGUUCGACAAGCUCAAGCGCUCCAGCGGGGAGAAGCGGGACCUCAGUAACGUGAUGAUGGCUCUGAGGAAGAUGGCGAACCACCCGCUGCUGCACAGGCAGUACUACAACACCGAGAGGCUGGCCGCCAUGAGCCGCCUCAUGCUCAAGGAGCCGACGCACCGCGACGCCGACCCAGCGCUCAUCCAGGAGGACAUGGAGGUGAUGUCGGACUUCGAGCUGCACCGCCUCUGCCUGCAGUACCCGGCCCUGCAGCGCUACCAGCUGCAGAGCGAGCAGCUGCUGGACUCGGGCAAGUUCAGCCUGCUCACCCAGCUGCUGGCCUCCCUCAAGGAGAAGGGCGACCGGGUCGUCCUUUUUAGCCAGUUCACCAUGAUGCUGGACAUCGUGGAGGUCCUGCUGAAGCACCUGAGCCACCGCUACGUGCGACUGGACGGCUCCACGCCCAUGGCGGACAGGAUCGUCCUGAUCGACGAGUUCAACACGGACCCCGACAUCUUCGUGUUCCUCCUCUCGACGCGGGCAGGGGGCCUGGGCAUCAACCUCACCUCAGCCAACGUGGUCAUCCUGCACGACAUCGACUGCAACCCCUACAACGACAAGCAGGCUGAGGACCGGUGCCACCGCGUUGGCCAGACCAGGACAGUACAGGUGAUAAAGCUGAUCAGCAAGGACUCGAUAGAGGACUGCAUGCUGCGUGUUGGCCAGAAGAAGCUCAAGCUGGAGCAGGACAUGACCGCAGCUGAGGAAGGCGACGAGGGCUCCAUGCCAGAGGACGUGGCCUCCCUGCUGAAGGCAUCUCUGGGACUGUAA